ACACUGCCUCUCUGCCAUCACUAGGAAAUAUUAAAGCAAAAACAAUAGAUCAGAUUUUUUUUUUUUGAACCGGCAAAGUGAAUAAUUCAUCAUCAUGCAGAAGAAACCCAUCAAUGCCAACGCACUGCUGGACAAACUGCAUCGCGGCGCUGUCUACGCCUGCAUCGGCGUCACCCUCUACGGCACCUAUGUGCUAGGUAGCCGCUACUACCACUACUACACUGUGAUUCGGCCGGAGAAGCAGCAAAUGGAGCUGAAACUCCUCGACGAGGGUGCCCACGACAAGGCCAAAGAGCUGAAGUACUAGCAGUUCUCCUGAUGUUCUCUUUAAUGUUUGUUAAGCGUAAUAAAUUGUAAGGAAAUGUAA